AUGAAUGAAGUCGAGGAGACAGCAAGAAAGCGCCAAGCAUCGGAGAUGUGUGGCCAGAGCGACCAGACAGAACAGGCAUUUUCAUUGCAUUUGCCACUUGCUGGGACAAACAGGAAUCCCUUCACCAGUAGGCAGUACUGUCUGUGCGUGCAUCGCUGGGAGCUGGGACAACGUCGCAGGGAAGUUAAGCGGCGAGCGUGGAAGCUGUCGUUUGGCAGCUUGCAGCCCUUUGCCAGCGCGGGUAACCGGCCCGGCCAGCGGUGUAGCGCUCUGGUCCGCUGCGGACAAGCGGGGGCAAGUCCGGCCUCGGGAGAGGGCGGCAGUAGCUUCGACAGGGGCGUGAACCGCCAGCCGGAAUUGUUGUAUCAUUUUGAAUAUUGUCAUUUUAAGUUUCAGCUAGGAAACACAUACUUGAAGUCUUCAUUGCUUCCAAGUGACCCGAUUCUUAAAGUGGAUUGGCUUAUUUCUCCUGUUCAGGACAAGUUAACGUCCUGUGUCAGGGAUAAAUGUUGUGACUUCUUUCUAUGUAUAACUUUUCUUGUUUAUUUCAGAAAUGAGGGUUCAUUAACAUCAACUUUAAGAACACUUCUAUUCUUCACAGCUUUAAUGAUCACAUUACCUAUUGGGCUGUAUUUUUCAUCAAAGGCUUAUAUAUUUGAAGGUACCUUAGGAAUGUCCAACAGAGACAGCUAUUUUUAUGCUGCCAUAGUCGCUGUAGUUACUGUUCAUGUGGUACUUGCUCUGUUUGUGUAUGUGGCAUGGAAUGAAGGUACUCGACAGUGGCGGGAAGGCAAACAGGACUAAAAUGGAAAUCAUCAUCCUCUGAUACCUACAGACUGUAAAUAGAAUUUUUGUGACUUGAGUUAAAAGCAUUCUUCAGUGUAUAGUAUACAUGUGUGCAAAGAUGAGGCUAAUGCCUCAACUGUGUUUGGUUAGAACAAGACUUAUGCUCAUCUUAGAUGUGUGCCAGUAUUUUCUCUAAUGCUGGUGAAAGUUGUACAUUAGUCAGCCUCUGCUGGGUGGAGCUGAGGAGGUCUUUACCCGAAGUAGAAUGAAAUAAUUGCGUAUUUUAGAGGGGAAGAAAAAAAUCAUGCAGCUAUUUUUGUCAUUCUUAGUAUUUUUCUGGUCUUCUAUGGAAACAGUAUUGACAUGAUGCAAAAAUUAUGUUUUUCAGUAACUAAAUUACUAGUUACAAAAGCUACAUAACUUCCUAUCCAACUCAAAUGAAAAAGGUGUGAUUUCUCUUUACUCUGGAUAGCUUCCCCAUUUUCAGAACAUACAGUCCAACUGAGCAUUGUUUUGUGCUAAUCGAUCAUGCUAAUACAUAUAGAGUCUCAUUUUGUUUUUGGUGUUGGAAGUGGAAUAAAGGCAAUGGCUAAACAGGCAGCUCUUUACAGUGGUAUGUUGAGCAGAGGCUUUUUAAAUGCAGAAAUCAAAAAAUGCCAAAACAAGUAGAGGAAGUCUUCAGAAAAACUCGCUAAGGAACAGCUACUGAAGUUUGUUAAAACGUUGUCAUUAUUUUUCCAUCAAAACUAAAAAAAAAAAAUUUUUUUCUGUGACUUCUGUGAUUCAUUUGCAGGAAAAGUCUACAGUUGCAGAGAAUCAUGUAAGAAGAAAAGGUUGUUUAAAUAGUAAUGUAUGGUAGAUGUGUUUACUGACCCUCUAGUGCAUUUCUAGUUGUAUGCUUGUUGUUUGAAUCAAAAACACUAGAAGAGUUUUGUCUCCUAGGAGAUGGAAUUAGUCCUCUUAAAAAAAAAUGUGUUUCCAGGCUUAAAAGUCGUUGCAAAAAUAGAACUGGUUAAAAACUCA